CUUUCUCCCCUCCAUUCCCUUCUGCAUUUCUUUCUCCAUUUUCCCUUUUAUUCCAUUUUCUUUUCCUUCUCUUCCACUACACUCUUCUUCCCCUUUAAUUCUGAACCUCAAUAAUCUUCAUUUUCUGCAAAACAAUUAACUCUCUUAGCUUGUUCAUCAUCAUCAUCGUAUGAGUUUGGUCGUACGUAGUGUUGAAUUGCCAUCUGUGUUGUGUUCGUUGGGUUUCUUGAACUUUUUUGUUGUUUUUAAUGAUUGUGCUGCAGUUUCCCAGCUGCAAUAAUUGUCGAAUUUUGAGUGUUUUGUAGUGAGAGUUUUUGUGUUUCUUGAAAGCUGCAAUUUUUACUUUAAAAAGAAAGAUGCCCUUGGAAGGGGUUUUCAUUGAACCCUCUUCUUCUUCUCCUUCCAACCCGGAUCUCUCCCUGCAUAUUAGCCUUCCCGUCGCCGCCGGGAAUGAUCUGUCGGCCGGCAACGCCAAGUCGGCGGUGGCGCAGAUGUACACUGACCUCUCCUUGGCCCGUCCGACCCGGACUAAUGACCAGGAAAGGCGGUUUGUCAGCAUGGACAGCUCAGCAGGUCAGAGGAAUGAAGUUUGGGAGGACAGACAGUUCGUGAGGGGCACAAAACAAGGACAAGGACAACAUUUUCUUGGUUUUCAGGGCGGAAAUGAUGGGGUUUCCGGCGACAUAGGGGGGUUGUCGCCGCCUAUCAAGGGAAUUCCGGUGUAUCAGAGCCGUGGAUUUCCGUUUUUGGGGUCGGAUCGUCAUCCUAGAUACGCGGAUCCGAAAAUCUGUUUCCACUCCUCGCCAUAUUUUAGCGGCGGCGGAUUGGAUCAUUUGUCGAUCUUGAACAACACCGAUACGGCUUCCGCGGCGGCGGCGUACGGUACUAGUUUAGCGGCGGCGGGGCGGUUCAACGGUCUAUCCUCGCCGUAUCAGGUCCCGCAGCACCACCACCAGUACGGCGUUUCAGGAGCUUCCCAUCACCACCACCUCAGCGACGCUCCGCCGUCCCACGGCGGCCUAACCAUGAGAUCACGAUUUUACCCCAAACUUCCGGCCAAACGCAGCAUGAGAGCCCCCAGAAUGCGCUGGACCUCCACCCUCCACUCCCGCUUCGUCCACGCCGUCGAACUCCUCGGCGGCCAUGAAAGAGCGACACCGAAAUCAGUACUGGAGCUAAUGGAUGUCAAAGAUCUCACUUUAGCUCAUGUUAAGAGCCAUUUACAGAUGUAUCGAACCGUCAAAACCACAAGCAGUAAACCUGCGGCAUCCUCAGGCCAAUCUGACGGGUCAGGGGACGAAGAUCAGUCGUCGCUCGGUAGCGCCGGCCCCGGGGGCGGGGAUCGCUCCAGCAUUCACCAAUUCAUGGACCAAAGGGCUUCUGCCUUGCAACCCGAACCCGAAUUCCUCUCUCCCACCGCUGUUUGGGGCAACUCUUCCAGUGGAGAAGGAUUGUUGGAGACUAGUUCAAAUGAAACAAAUGGGAUGAGAUCAUCUUCCUUUCCAAUGCAACAAAGAUCGGAACACCAACACAUCCAGGAAUGGGAAUCUGAUGAAACGCCAAAGAGGUGUAUAGGGUGGGAACAAACAAAUCCCAGCUUGGAAUUCACACUAGGCAGACCAGACUGGAUUCCUAAGGAUCAUCACUAGAAACAUCAUUGGAUUGAGCAGCUUUUGUUUUGUUUUUUUGGGGGGGUUUUCUGGGGAUUAAUUAUUGGGAUGAGUAUAGAAGGAGAUCAUCAGAUAAUGUUAAGUUGGUUUACAGAAGCAAUGGCCAGCUGCAUGCAUUUCUAGCUAGCUAAAUCUCACUCCAGUUAGCAGACAUGAACAUGAUGAUUAUCUGUUGAUGUUUCUGAGGUUUUUCAGGGCUGAAAAACACAAGUUCACUUUACAUCAUAGUAACCUCAAAGUUCAAGCAUGUUACAUUCUUGACCAGGAUCUUUUUGUUAGGGUUACACAAUUCAUCAACCUCACCUAGUUUUUGAACCAUUCAACUAUGGGUUGGUUUACGUGUGGUUCUUCGUCAACUAGGGUACGUUAAAUUAAAGACCGAUCGAGAGCUUUACUUGAAUUUUA